GGUUAAUCCUCUGCCAGCCUCGGUUCUUGAAAAAAGAAGAAUGGACGGACCCACGAAGGUUAUUUUCGCAGACGCUGGCAGCAACACCUCGGUGGCGCAGAUUCCGCAAAAUGCAAGCUGGCCAAGCGUCAUCAAGAGCGCCGCACUUUGGAAGCGCGUCCCUGUGUCGCUCAUCGCGUUGCUGCCACUCGAUCCGGACACCGGUGAAGAAGUUCCGGAUGGCGAAACUCUCGGCCCCUCCCCUCGUCCCGUUGCUGAAGCUGGCGCAGAGCCAGAAGGCUCGCCGGAACAAGGAGACGAAUCGAACCCGCCACCCACCGCAAGCCCCGCCCCCUACGCAGAUUGGCGAGCUUUUUGCGAACAGAACUGCGAGCCUACUCUGGCGCAUUUUCGUUGCCUGGUAAGGGACACCUCCGCUUCUUUCGUCGUACUGGACAAGAGACUACCAAAUGGCCGUGUAGAUUUUCGCGAGAGGCUACUGGAAGACUGCAGCACGGACCUCGAUUUGCAGGAGAAGAAUGCAGCUUUAGCAAUGCCCGCGCUCUUCAGCACCUGCUUUUUUUCCGGGCGCGCCGACGAGUUUGCCUAUUUCUUUCCUCACUGGGCCAAAAACAUCUCUCUGAUCAAGCAGAUCUUGGAAAAAUUCGACAGCCCAAACGAGCAGCGACGGGAAGGCAUCGCCGCGUACGAGCUCGUGAGCGCGCUCGGCGCAGCGUUGGGAGGUGGUUCUGGUGUGAAACAUGAUACUUUGCUGGCUUCCUGGACCACCUGGCCAUUGUUGUUCGAGUCGAAAAAUGCCGGCCCAAAGCUCCCGCCCUGCAGUUCACAGAUUCUUCUUCCUAUUCGCAUGGAAGCCUCCUGUCAAAUUCCAGAGCAGCCUGAAGGCGAUCAAAAUGGUGCAUCCGGGGGCACCGGAAUACCGGAGAACAUUGUGACGCAAGGCGGAGACACAGAGGAAACCAAGGUUGAUAUUGCUGCAAUCUCGGAGAGGAAGCUGCGCCACGCGCUUUAUGACCGCCGAUUCAACUGGGCCGUCCCUUUCCCCGACACGGUCCUUGUUGUCGUCUGGUCAUUCGAACGGUUCGCCCCGACUUUGCUGAGUGCGUUUCUCACGAACUACGUUUUCACGGUUGUCAGCGUCAAUCUGAGCGACAUGUCGGACCCAAAUCCCCGAGUCAUUCACCAGCGCAUGCGCCAAAACGCAUUGGCGUGCCGACGCCCGCCGACUCCGCCGGACCCAGUGGGAGCUCGGUUUGCGGCGGCAAAGCGCGCUGAAGAGGACUAUGAUGGAAGCAACGCACAGGGGAUAAUUUCCUCGUCAGUACCUAAUGCAGCUGCGCUAGACACUGAGUCUGAUGAUUUGCUCUCAGAUAGUGACCACGAAGGCCUUACGAAGUCCCCCGGCGUAUCCUGAGUAAAAACGUCCCCACACCAGAGUUGUCAUGCAAGUGUGCAAUGACAGGGAACAUUUGUAAUGCGCAGCUCCAUGAGAGGCAUUUCCAAUCGUGUUUUGGAAUCUGUAAUGCUAUAAACAGGAUCCGAAAGUGGCUUUCUCAUGCGGCUUCUCUUGCCAAUCAGCACUACACUGCAGAGGAAAAUGUGUCUUGCAGAGCUCCCAAAAGUUGGAGAUUUGUGUUGCUAGAUCCCCAACUUGACUAUGGGGUGGGGACGUUUUUACAAAUGAUACGGCGACCGACCGCGGUACGACGAAACGGAAAACUUUCGCGCAUGGAUAGAAGAACUUGUGAAGAAGGGGCCGCCAGACACUUUGAAUUUUGCGGAGACCGAAUUCUGGAAGCGCGUGCAGCCGGGGGUGGAACACGACCGGAUGUACGGUCGCAUGGAUUAUCCACAUGCUCCCACGGUUUAAGGAUUGCAAAUAUGAGUUUCCGUCUGGACGAAAAAUUCACGCGUUUGUUGUCAUGCAGCUCUUGCACUAAGCAGAUGGUGACGUUCUGGAUCUGGAAUGCACGCAAAAGAAAACUAUGAGUAUUCGCAUUUCCGCAGGCGCAGACCUCUUAAUACCUAGUGUUCCUCAUGAGAACUACUUCGCUCUUUCUUUCCCAAGGACACUCUUGUGGAGCUGAUGCGACACAGAUUUUUGUCGUGUACUCGAGAGUUAGCAUCCUUAGGCGAACUCCUCCGGACCCAGUGGUAUCCUAUUUGCAACGUAUACGAUUCCUCGCGCUACUAUUUCUGCGCUGUUCGAACUACCUUCGCUCCACCAAGCCGCGCGCGCGCUUUUAAACCGGAGGCACGAGACGGGCGGCGGCGCCGUCCGCUACCUCGGCUCACACGUGCUCGACGUCAGAACUUUGUUCCUACCAGACGCCUUCGGGGGAUGGAGCGCUUUCUGUGCGACCCUCGGCUUGUCUCGUACGUGCGAGACUGCAAAUCUACGCCUGCAGUAUCGGCAACUCCUUGGGCAGAUCGAAAAUUUUCUCGGAACGCAAGGACCGAAGCAGACGUCGCAGAAACGGCACGGAUUCUGGAUUACGGAAGUCGUCGCGCUCGCUGACAAGUUGCACCGACGCGCGCUGACCUUGCUUCUAACUCACGGGCUGCGCGACUUGACUAAAGCAGAGGAAGCCUUUUGCGAUCUUCUCGCGUCUGUGAACGACGAAAAUCGCCGCGCGGAGCUACUGCAGCACGUUGAAAUGAAGAGCUUCAAGUGGGAUAAAAUCGAAGGCGCCGCGCAGGACUGGUGUCGCUUUUGCAACAUACAACAGUUUUGCAAUUGGGAAAAGAAGAUCGGGGACGACAUUGCGGAAAGGCGGAGAAGAGCACGUAUCAACGCAUUCGACAAUUGUGUUUGGCAGAUAGUCACGUUCGAUCUGUGGAAAGAAGUCGAACCGUUCAUCUAUGGUGUGAAGAAAGGAUAGCUUCGCAGUCUGCACCUAUUGGCAUCGCAACUGCAACCUCAACUUGUAAGAAACGGAACGCCA